GCGAGCCGCGAUCUAAGUAAGAUUACUAGCCAUGCCGAGCUGAGACGACGUAGGAGUCGGGACCCACUUUGCUUGAAAACGCGCGAACGAGCGAAAAACGUAAACAAACGCGACAUUUUAACAUGAUCGCAUCGUUUCCUGGAUCUGCUGGCUAUUAUGCGAGGAAUAUCCUGCAAUAAUGAGCCAGGACGCUUCUAGUGCCGCAGCCGAGGUCGCGUACGCUUUCGUCGCAAAGCUGGGCAACGCGAAGGACCUUUCGCAGCUACUGAAAGCCGUCAACUUCAAAGAGGUGGCUACGGUGGAGAUAAACGAGAUCGGCAUCAGGGUGAUCGUUCAAGAUGCCAAGUGCCUGCAGGCGAUCGCGUUUGUGCAGCGCGAACUCUUCGACGAUUACGUCCUCAAAGAGACAUCGCUGUCGUUCGACAUCAGAUUAUCCAUCCUCCUGGAAUGCCUUACAAUGUUUGGAUCGACAGGCUCUGCAGUGUCGACGCGACUCUGCUAUGCGGGUUACGGAAGCCCGCUCGUGCUUUUCCUCGAAGAAGCAGGGGUUGUGACCGACUGCGAAAUUCGAACGCUCGAGUCUACGGGCGUCAUUAGCUUCGAUCUGUCCAGAGACAAUGUCAUUAACGUGGUCAUCUUUCGUACGGAAAUCCUCAAAGAAGUCUGGGCUGAACUAGACGCCUCGAGCGACGUCCUGGAAAUACUCAUCUCGCCUGAUGAACCAUACUUCAGGCUUACAACGUUUGGAAAUGCGGGCACUGUGCAGGUGGACUACUCAAAAGGCUCUGAAAUGAUGGAGACAUUCCAGUGCAAGAAGCAGCAGAAAAACUCUUACAAGCUGCCACUGAUUAAGCAGUGUUCCAAGGCACUCAACCUGUCAAGCAAGGUGGCUAUGCGGACAGACCAGUUGGGACUCAUCUGCUUUCAAUUCCUCAUCAGGACUGAGGAUGGCACUGCCACAUUUGUGGAGUACUAUUGUGCUCCAAACCUCGAUGACUGAGAUGUCAUGCUGACCGACAUUUAUGGUGUGCUUCUCUUCAGAAGGACGUUUGAAUGCUCCUAUAGACUGAGAAACUGAAAGAAAGGAGGAGACGAAAGUACGCGGGGAUGUUAGAAUGCCGAGCUCUGGUUGGCAUGAUUAGUGGGUAGACGUAAACCUAGCUGCCUUUGUCUCCACUGCACUUGUUGAACGCGUUGGGAUGCGGAACAUCGGCGUCUGGUGUUUGGCUCUGGCAUUCGAAUACGUUUGACGAGAGCAGCAGAGACAAGGGUAGCUGGCUUUAUGUCUACCACAAAUCAUUCGAACCAGAGCUCAGCGUUCUGACUUCCCCGCGCGCUCUCGUCUCCUCCUCUCCCUUAGUUUCUCGGCGCAUAAACUACGGCGCACGACAAAACUGUACAUUUAAUAAAAGCACAUUUUUAGGCACAUUUUAGAAACAUGGUCUUGCCUUGUGUGUGCUUUUG